UGAGAGAGUGAGUGAAAGAGAGAGAGAGAGGUGUUUCAAACAUGGCUGCGGCUUCGUAGAAAGAUGAUUCAAAAUACUACCAGCGCAAACCAGAAAGAAGGGGGGAUUAGCAGGCAGAGAGACUGAAAAGGAGAAACAAAAAAUACCCCGACCAUAGCAGCUCUCCUGUAACGUGGAUCUGAGUUUUUUUCGAGACCACCCAAGCACUCAGUUGGUGGGGUUGGAGAAAAUUGUAUCUGAGUGGUGGAAAAAAAAGAUUGAAGAAGAGGCGAUAUUUCCCCCCUUUGGUAAAGAAACAAUCUCCUACCUGCAACAGGGGCACAGAGAGAUCGCGAUACCACCCGGACACACACACACAGAAGCGGCUAGCCAUCGUUAAAGGCUUCCGGACUCCCUUUUAUUUUAUUUUUUUAUUAAUAUAUUUUGCAAAAUUCAAUUAAUGGUAAGGAAGAGCAACGUAUUAGGAGAGCGCGCCCCGUGUGUGCAUGUUUAAAGAGCACGGCUCUUUUGCAAAUCCGGAGGAUCUCAGAUUUUCAUGGAUAGAAACUACCCAGCACCCGGAUUUGGCGAUUUAAGUGCGGGAGCAGGAUGGAGCUACGAACGCUCCCCAAAAGCAAGCCUGGUGUAUGGAAGUUCUCGAUCCUCCCAUCCAGACACAGACAUCCUCCACCGACAGGCCUAUGCGACACCACACCCUCUCCAGGGCUAUGCAACUAAUCACCAUCCUGCAGGCCUCUCAGGUUUGUUUGAGACUGGUUUGCACCACGCUGGAACUGGGGCCCCUGAUGCCUCUGUAAUGAACCUCAUCUCUGCUCUCGAGUCCAGAGGACCUCAGCCAGGUCCCUCGGCAUCCUCCCUUCUUUCUCAGUUCAGGACACCUUCCUGGCAGACUGCCAUGCAUACCCCUGCCCCUGCUGAACUAUUUAUCUCUGGUGCACUUCCUGGUUCUGGAACAUUCCCUUCUUCUUCAGCUUUGUCAGCUUAUCAACAUCCAGCAUCAUUCACUGGUAGAAGUUUUCCGGGUGUGACAUCCUCACUGUCACUGCAAGAUGCCACCACAUUCAGUCCUACUUCCAAUGGUCUCUUGUCACCACAUGACCCACUUCUUCACAUUAAAACCCCGCCACAGGCGUCAGCGCUAGGUUUUGACAGGCUUUUGUCCUCACAAGGCACUGGUUACAGGGGAGGUCAGGACGCUGCACCUCCACCUCCCCCACAUCCUCCUCCACCUCCUCCUGCACCAUCUCGACAUCUUCCUCCACCCCAGUUCAACUUGCUUUCUUCCCAGUUGCAGGAUCAGUCUUCACAGUUAUAUAAUACCUCUGUCUUCUCCACUGCUCCUCCACCACCAAGUUCUAGUAUAGAGCGGGCCAUUCCACGACAAGAUAGCGUGAUAAAGCACUACCAGCGGCCAUCUGCAUCUCAGUCCCAACUGUCCACAUCAGCUGCCCACUCUCUUCAGCACUACUUAAGUUGUGGUGCUGCCAGCUAUCAGCAGAUGUCACAGCACCAUCACCGGUCCAGCCUGUCCUGCAGCCCACUUGGUGACCAAAGUCCUGUAGGGAGUGGUGGAACACCCAGCACCAACAACUCUGAUCAACAGCAGCAACAAUCAAAGUCUAACCAGCAGGCACGCCAAGACCAACAAGCCUACAGACCUAUCAUCCAGCCAUCCCCUGCUUACAGCUCUGGUGGAGGAGGUGGAUCAGUGUCCAGUGUGUCAAAUAGUGGUGGGGGUGCAGGAAAGACGAAAGGUGGUGGUGGGGGCUACUCCUCUUCUGGGGGUUCACGGCACACUCCCACCUCUUCCUCAUCUUCAUCAUCUUCUGCAGGCCGUCCUUCUGCUGCUCAGGCCGCCAGUAAGUCGUGCCAAAGUGUAACAGGAUAUGGCUCGCCAGCUAGUGUCAAGACGGGGUCUGUAAUUUCCAGCCAGACCCCACCACAGCAGGCUACUACACAGGCCUCUGCAUACUCUCCGGGUCAGCCACCCUCAUCCCAACAAGCUCUGUUAUCCCAGCAAAGCUACGGUCAAGGAUUUGGGUCUCCACAAGCUCAAGAUCUUACAGGUGGUACUGGAGGUGGAGGAGCUGGUGGUGGUAGUAAGGGUUAUGGCAGUUUGGGUGCAGGACAAGGUUUUAAUACAGACGUUUAUGGGGGAGUACAGCCAGAGUCUGGCUACUCCAGUUUACCGGCAUCUUUAGGUGCAGGGAGUCCUUCAUUGGGUUAUGGUGCUACUGGGCACUCUCCAGCUCUUUCUGGUAGUCUUGUAGUUGGCGGAGGCUCAUCUGGUGGCUCUGGAGGUAGCUCUGGUUCAGGAGCAGGAAGCAGUGCUGGCUCAGGUGGGUUUCCUUCUCACCUUCCAGACUCUAGUCCUUCUCCGUCAGGAUCUACUCAUGGUGCAAUCAUUCGUCCCAGCCUGCAGUCACCAGGUAGCAGUCGGGCAACACAGCCUUCGCAAUCACCUGGAAAUGGAGUGCCAUCCCAGAAAUAUUUAACAUCAGUACUGUCGCCUUCCUUUUUGGGAUCACCACCAACCUUUCAAGAUUCCAGGGCCCGUAGUGUUGGUGGACCCCCAUAUCAUAGCUCAAAAUCUAAAGCUGAGUCUGACCUACUAGCUGUAGCAACUUCUGUGGACAGACCAGAAGAUGAAGACGAUGAUGACUUCCUGAUUCAGCACCUCCUUCAGUCGCAGAGCCCACCACCUCCUACCCCACAGUCAGCCAGUCAGCAAGCCGCCCAGCAGCAAGUCCCACCUCCUAGUGUGCCAUCUGACUGUUCAGAGGACAGUGUAGCAGCUGCAAAGGGUUUGGUUUAUGAGAUGAGCAAGUCAAGUGAGGAGAGAUAUCAGUUGCAAAGUGUAAUUCGUACCAACAGCGCCAACAAUGGGCCUCUGCCUGGUACUGGAGCAAGCAACUCUGCUAACCCCUCAUUAGAAAGGCAGUUGGAGUUGUCUCUGCACCAUCAAAGUCUAAAAGAUAAGAAAAAAGAGAGGGGUGGUCGGCCCACUGACCAGGACUCUUUAGCUUCAGUAGUGCACUAUAGCCGCACUGACCCAUACAAUACUCAGGAAUUGAAAAAAGCUCAGAAUGACCAACUGUUACAGCAGCAAGGAAAAUCGGAUCUCUUUCUACGUAAAACUCCAGACCAGCAUGCCCCUAGGCUUGUCCCUGACUCUCAGUCUGCUGGUCUAGACAGUCAUACUAUACAACAGCAACAAGGAGCAGCAAUGUCACUCCUUGACUCUUCUCCUGAUCACCAGGGGGCAUCCCAGGCUCCCCCGAACUCCCAUUUGCUUCAGUCUGUGCUUGCUCACACUCCCAGGAAAGCAAUGGAACAGCAUCCACUAAGUCAGCAUCACCACUUAAUUGAGGCUCAGAGACUUGGAGGAAUGGGCACACCAGGGGCUGGUGGAGGUGAUUCUCAAUCUCCAACGUCCCAGCUUCAGCUUCAGCUGCAGUCACAGGCUUUGGAAGCUCAAUUACAUAUCCAUGUUCGGGGUCAACCCCAGCAGUCUGGCUCCCAGGGAAUGGAUUCCCGCUCACAGUCCAUUGAAUCACAGUUGCUUGAUCACUCUCAUUCUAUUUCUCAGCCACCCAAUGGAGAAGGAGCUGAAGAUCACCACAGACAUCACCAUGGUCGUCAUCACCGACCACCACAUGGUCUUCAUGGUUUGCAUCACCAGCGCUCACCACAGGAAGUAAUGCAGGGGGAAGGUAUGCGUCCACCUUCACACCAGGACCUGCAGACAUUUUUGGGUGAAUCCGAUCUUAGUCUGUCUGCACAUCACAAUCCUCACCCCCAGCAUCAUCAUCAACAGCACCAUCACCACCACCACCUUCAGCCCCAUCACCACCCACCACAGACUCAUCACCACCAAAUGGGACCUCAACCUUCAAGUGAUGCCGACAGGAUGGUUGAAAGUUCACAGCAGGUUCCUCAGACUCAAAUGGACACUAGCAAAGAUCAUCAGUUUGAUCCUUCCAGUCCCCCAGGUUCCAAGCAGCAGGCACAGCCUCAGCAGCGAUUUGUGCCACUCACCUCAAUCUGUUUCCCAGAUUCACUUUUGCAAGAUGAAGACCGUUCUUUCUUUCCUGGAAUGGAAGACAUGUUUUGUGGACCUAGCGAUGAUUACUCAAAGAGUAGCUGCGCUGGUGGUGGUGCUGGUGGUCCAGUAGGUGACCCUUCAGGUGAUGGAGUGACAACGGGAGACAGUGGUGGAGAUGUGGAUGUUGGAAGACGAGCUGGUCCAGAUGGAGGAGUAGUGGACCAGGUGAAAUCUUCGUCUUCGUCUGGUUAUGAUAUGAUGUCUCAUACUGGUCCAGGUGGAUAUGGACCACCUUAUUGUCAAGCUAUGGCUGGUCCAGAUUCUGGGAAUGGCCAUCAUCAUUCAACAAUGCAUCUUGAUUUGGAUUCACUUAAACAACAUGAACUGCCCUCUACUGUUAAUACAGAACAGCUCGGCCUUAUCCAGUCACAGCCUACCAGUUCUUCUGGCCUUGGGAUUGGUGGAAGUGGGGCAGAACCAUCUGUAAGCAAGCAUAUGUCCACCACUCCUGGCCUAACUUCCCCUAUUUUCUGCUCAUCACGUCCCAAAAAACUCUUGAAAACUAGCUCUUUCCAUCUUCUAAAACGACGGGAUCCACAAAGCCAACCACCCCCCAAGAAAACUUAUGCCCAAGAGUAUGAGUUUGAGGAUGAUGAGGAUAAAGCUGAUGUACCUGCAGAUAUACGACUGAACAGUAGACGACUGCCAGAUUUACUUCCUGAUCUGAUAUCCAGUUGCAGAAAGAGUGGUGGCAGAGGUUCCCUAAGCCCAAUGAUGGGAGAUCUAGAUUUCUGUAACAGCCAGAACUACCACCACCUACAACCACCUAUCACUGAUGGCCCAAAGAAAAGGGGCCGUAAGCCUACCAAGCCAAAAAGAGAAGGACCUCCAAGGCCCCGAGGCAGGCCACGCAUUCGUCCUCUCCCUUUAACACCAGUAGGCACGAUGGGUGGAGUUGGAGAAAUCAAAAAACCAAGAGGAAGAGGUCGAGGACGUGGGAAAAAAGAAGAGAUUGUUGGUGCAGUAGUAUCUGAUCAAGCUAAAAUGGAGCCUCUCAAGCCACUCAAGAUCAAACUUGCCCUCCCUAAGCCCACUGAUGAACAGCAUCUGCUAGUUCAUUCUGACCCUCUUAGUGGUUCAGACCCUUCUCUGUCUGAUAACUCAGCAGCGGCAGCUGCUGCUUUGGGAUUAAGCCCUGGCCCAGGUUUGGAUCUCAACCGGACUCAGGAGAAGAUUAAACUGAAGGUACAGGAGGUAGAGGAGAAGCAACCAGAAAUGAAAUCGGGGUUCAUGGCCUCGUUCCUAGACUUCUUGAAGUCUGGGAAACGGCAGCAGCUUCCAUCCUCUGGAUCAGCUAGCCCUGGGAAGGGUGGUCGUCCUUCACCAUCCGGACAGCAGGCUGGUGGAGCUCCAUUUGGCAGCCCGCCAGUACUGAGUGCAGGAGGCCUGGACAGCUCAGAAGGUGACAGUCUAGGUUUGAACUGUCCUAGCCCAUGCAAAAGAUUGGAUGAAGAGCUGAAACGCAAUCUGGAAACUCUACCGUCUUUUUCUUCAGAUGAAGAGGACUCGGUUAGCAAGAACCAAGAUCUUCAGAAGAGCAUCUCCUCUGCCAUCUCUGCUCUUUAUGAUCACCCGCAGCUGACCAGUGUGACGGCAACUCCAGCCAGUGCACCAAACCCUCCUACCACCUCUGCAUCAACUGACGCAGUAUCAGAGCCCAGCAGUGCAGCCAGCAACUCUCCAGAACCGCAAGAUAGCCCAGAAUCUGAUGCUCCUGAAGAGCCAGCCACCAUAACAACAAAUGUGUGUUGUGAAAAUCGUGAUUCUAAAGCCAUCACAGAGGAAACUGUGGAAAAUGAGCCCCCAGAGCCAAAUAAUACCCCCAUACCUGAGCAACCACCAGCCCCUACUCCUCCUCCCCCAGCUUUAGAAGUCUCUGAGUCCCCACCUUCUCCUCAUGAUUCAGUACCAGAGCUUCCUCCUGCAGAAGCUGAGCCCUCACCCCAGACCCCCGAGGAGUCCCCUGACUCAAGGCCCUUACAUCUCGCCAAAAAACAGGAUACAGCAGCCAUAUGUGGUGAGUCUGAAGACGAGGAGGCCGAGAGUGGUGGUGAAGGCAUCUUCAGAGAAAGGGAUGAGUUUGUUGUACGAGUUGAAGAUAUUCAAACUCUUAAGUUGGCUCUUCAGACAGGUCGGGAGCCACCUCCAAUUUGGCGAGUACAGAAAGCUUUGCUACAGAAGUUUACACCUGAGAUCAAAGAUGGCCAGCGACAGUUUUGUGCCACAAGCAAUUACCUGGGUUAUUUUGGUGAUGCUAAAAAUCGUUAUCAGCGCCUUUAUGUGAAGUUCCUGGAGAAUGUUAACAAGAAGGACUAUGUUCGUGUGUGUUCCAGAAAACCAUGGCACCGGCCACUUCAGUCCCUUAGAGAAAAAGAAGCCCCUGUUCCACUGAGUGCAGCGUCAUACAGAAUAAGGCGGCAGAACCAACCCAAAACCCCUGGUCCAAGUAAGACUCUGACACCUCCAAAAGUGGAGAGAGAAGUGAAGAUAGAAAGAGAGGAGAAGGAAAAAGAAAAAGAGCAUCCUGAAACAGACAGACCAAAUCCCAGAGAGCGACUAGAAAGGGAUAAAGAGCGUCUUGAUAAGAGGGAACGACCUCAGGAAAAAGAAAAGCCUGAGAAAAAGACUUUGGAUAAGGCUGAGAAAAAAAUUGAAAAAAAUGAAAAGAAAGGAGAAAAGCCUGAGAAGAAAGGUGGUGAGAGGUCAGAGAAGAAACCCCGAGAAGCCACAGAAAGGGAAAGGCCUGAGCGGGCUGAAAGAAAGCCAGCAGAGAGGCCUGAAAAGAAGCAGACUACCACAGACCGAUCUGAGAAAACUGAGAGACAAGUUGGGCUUCGGGCUAAGCAAGCUAAGCAGCCUAAAGUGAAGGCUGAGCCUCCACCCAAAAAAAGAAAGAAAUGGCUCAAAGAAGUGCCUUCCUCUUCUGAUUCAGAGUCAUCUGCAGAACAGCCAAGUGAAGAGGAAGAGCGGCUACCAGCUGGCAGAGGACUGAACACAAGAGCCAUGAAGGAAAUGUUCCGAAGCUAUGUAGAGAUGCUAGUUAGUACAGCACUAGAUCCUGACAUGAUUCAAGCCUUAGAAGAUACUAAUGAUGAGCUGUACCUGCCUCCUAUGAGAAAGAUAGAUAACAUCCUGAAUGAACACAAAAGAAAAGUCCUGCGACGCAUCUCUCUGUCCCCUUCCCUUCAGGAGGCUCUGCAUUCUUUUCCACAACUGUCUAUGGAUCCAGUUGACUCAACAACAGUAAAGGUUCGACUAGGUGGUGAGCCCUACAAUCGUAAGACUCUGAACAAGCUUAGAAAAAAUGUUCAUAAGCCCCAGGAUUUUAAGUUGGGUGUGGAGAACUGCAAACUCUAUAGCCUGUACCAUGGCCUGCAUCACUACAAGUACCACACAUUCCUGCGCUGUAAAAAAGAGACUGACUGUAUUGAGCAACAGGCUGAGGACCCAGGACAGGAAGAAGUAGUUCAACAGUGCAUGGCAAACCACCGUUGGCUGGAGACAUUGUUUGAGUCCUUCAGUGAGCUUCUCACUCAUACCUCGCAGGCAUGUGCCUGAGACUUGACUUAACAGUGCAAAGGAAAAGGGGAGAGUGCCAGCCAACUGGGGCUGAAUAGAGGGAGGGUAUGAAGACCAUGAGAGAGCCCAUUCACGGCCGCCCAGUUAUUUAUGAGCCAGGGCUGGAAACGUGCAUUCUGGUCCAUCCACAAAGGAAAGGGGAAACUGCUCAUCAAUGUGGGCUGGGUAUGGCUUCAGAACUGACACUCCACUUCCAAAAA